AUGGCCAUGAAUUUCGUGACCUUUAACCAGGACUACAGCUACCUGGCUGUGGCAACAUCAAAGGGGUUUCAGAUCUUCACCACUGAACCCUUUGCCAAGAGUUAUGAAGCUAAGGAGGGCAAUAUUGCCGUUAUUGAGAUGUUGUUCUCGACUUCUCUCGUUGCUCUGAUCUUGUCUCCAAGGCGCUUGCAAAUUCAAAACACCAAGCGACAAUGCACAAUAUGCGAAUUGACAUUUCCAACAACGGUCUUAGCAGUGAAGCUGAACCGGAAACGGCUUGUUAUUGUGCUUGAGGAUCAAAUUUAUCUUUAUGAUAUUCAGACUAUGAAGCUUUUGUCUACCAUCGAUACAUCACCAAACCCUAACGCCAUUUGUGCCCUUGCCCCAUCGUCGGAAAAUUGCUACAUGGCCUACCCUCUUCCACAAAAGGCACAUGCAGCUGCAAACCCACCAGCUCAUGCUCCACCCGGAACAACACAUAUUGCUCCCACGACAGGUGAUGUUCUCAUUUUCGAUGCAGUCAAGCUAGAAGCUAUCAACGUAAUCGAGGCGCAUCGUUCUCCUUUGGCCCUUAUUGCGCUGAACAGUGACGGAACAUUGUUGGCCACUGCAUCUGAUAAAGGCACUAUCAUUCGCGUGUUUUCCGUUCCAGAUGGCCACAAGCUGUAUCAAUUCCGACGAGGCUCCAUGCCAUCACGAAUCUACAGCAUGUCUUUCAACACCACCUCCACUCUUUUAUGUGUCUCAUCAUCCACCGACACCGUUCACAUUUUCAAGUUGACUCAGCAAGGACCAUCAUCUGACGGCUCUUCAUCACACUCUCCACCGGGCCGUGACCAAGCUUCUCCGCCUUAUGGAUAUUCCCCAGAAGAUGAUGAGAUGGGCGGGGAUGCUGGCUCUGAUGCAUCGCGAAAGCAUAACGGUACACUGAUGGGGAUGCUACGUCGGACUUCUCAAAAUGUCGGAGGUGCGGUUGCAGCCAGGAUGGGCGGCUAUCUUCCCAAGGGAGUGAGUGAGAUGUGGGAGCCAGCACGCGAUUUUGCCUGGAUUAAGCUGCCCCGUGCAAACCAGGGUCCUGCUGGAAAUGGAAACUCUGGGCCAAUCAGGAGUGUGGUUGCUAUGAGUAGUAAUACUCCUCAAGUCAUGGUUGUGACCAGCGAUGGCAACUUUUACGUCUUUAACAUUGAUCUGUCCAAGGGUGGAGAGGGAACUUUGACGAAACAAUAUUCGUAUGUGGAUAUGAAUACGCCAUUUGAUUAG